AUGCCGUCCACCUACGCCGCCCAGUUGAUCAACGCAACCUUCCCCUCGGGCGGCGUGCUUGUCCUCGCCCUCGCACGCCCUCCCGUCAACGCGUUCUCAACCGACCUCUUCCGGCAGCUCGACGACGUCUUCCGCGCCGCGAGCACCGACAACGAUGUGCGCUGCGUCGUCCUCACGAGCGACGUUGCCAAGGGCUUCACCGCCGGCCUCGACCUGCACUCGAGCGACCUCAUGCGUCAAGCCGACGACCCCGCCCGCACCGCCCUCCUCCUGCGUGACCACAUUGCCGUCCUGCAGCGCGCCGUCUCGGCCAUCCAGGAGUGCG